AUGCCCCGUGUAAAGGCAGCACAAGGUGGAAAAGCAGGCCCCAAGAAGAGACGCCUUGCUGAGCAGUUCCCGGCCGGGGAGGUGAUGAUCGACAUGUCCAAAAAAGAGUGGAAGCUGGGACUGCCCGUUGGCCAGGGCGGCUUUGGGUGCAUAUAUCUCGCUGAUAUGAAUUCUUCAAAAUCAGUCGGCAGUGAUGCACCCUGUGUUGUAAAAGUGGAGCCCAGUGACAACGGACCUCUUUUUACUGAAUUGAAAUUCUACCAGCGAGCUGCUAAACCGGAGCAAAUUCAGAAAUGGAUUCGUGCCCAUAAGCUGAAGUACCUGGGUGUUCCUAAGUACUGGGGGUCUGGUCUACAUGAUAAAAAUGGGAAAAGUUACAGGUUUAUGAUAAUGGAUCGCUUUGGAAGUGACCUUCAGAAAAUGUAUGAAGCAAAUGCCAAGAGGUUUUCUCGGAAAACCGUCCUGCAGCUGAGCUUAAGAAUUCUGGAUGUCCUGGAGUAUAUCCACGAGCAUGAGUACGUGCAUGGAGACAUCAAGGCCGCCAACCUCCUCCUGAGCUGCCGGAACCCUGACCAGGUGUACUUGGUGGAUUAUGGCCUAGCUUACCGGUACUGCCCAGAUGGAGUUCAUAAAGAAUACAAGGAAGACCCCAAAAGACGCCAUGACGGCACUCUUGAAUUCACCAGCAUCGAUGCACACAACGGUGUGGCCCCGUCACGGCGUGGCGACCUGGAGAUCCUCGGUUACUGCAUGAUCAAGUGGCUCAGCGGCCAUCUUCCGUGGGAGGACAGCUUGAAAGAUCCUAACUAUGUUAGAGACUCCAAGAUUAGAUACAGAGAAGAUAUUGCAAGCUUGAUGGACACAUGUUUCCCUGAGAAGAACAAGCCAGACGAGAUCGCCAGGUUCAUGGAGACGGUGAAGCUGCUGGCUUAUACUGAGCGGCCCGUUUACCAGCGCUUCCGAGACAUCCUCCUGCAGGGCCUCAAAGCCCUGGGCAGUAAAGACGACGGUCGGCUGGACUUCAGGAUCGUGGAGAAUGGCAGCAUGAGAGCCAAGUCGGGGCCCAAGGUGACAGUGCGUUCAAUUACCCUUCGGGUCCCUGGCAGUGAACGUUAUAGCAUGAAUUCAUUUUAG